GGCGGCUCGGGCGGCGGGGCGGCGGGGCGGCGGGGCGCGGGGCCGGCGGCGGCAUGGAGGAGCGGCGGGAGGAGGGCGAGGCGGAGAUCCAGGAGCACGGCCCCGAGCACUGGUUCUCCAAGUGGGAGCGCCAGUGCCUGGCGGAGGCCGAGCAGGACGAGCAGCUGCCGCCCGAGCUGCGGGACGACGCGGCGGCGCAGCCCGAGCACAAGCAGCAGAAGCUGUGGCACCUCUUCCAGAACUCGGCCACCGCCGUGGCCCAGCUCUACAAAGACCGGGUGUGCCAGCAGCCGGGACUGUCUCUCUGGGCGCCCUUCCAGAACGCGGCCACCGCCGUCACCAACCUCUACAAAGAAAGCGUGGAUACCCAUCAGCGAAGCUUUGACAUUGGAAUUCAGAUCGGCUACCAGCGGCGUAAUAAGGACGUGCUGGCCUGGGUGAAAAAGCGCAGAAGAACUAUUCGCAGAGAAGAUCUGAUCAGCUUCCUGUGUGGGAAAGUCCCUCCGCCGAGAAGCUCUCGAGCCCCCCCGAGACUGACUGUAGUGUCCCCUAGCAGAGCUGCUUCCACAGAAACUAGCUCGUCUGUAGAGACUGACUUGCAGCCCUUCCGGGAAGCCAUAGCGCUGCAUGGCCUCAGCGGUGCGAUGGCCAGUAUCAGCGUGCGCUCGGGCGCCCCCGGCUCUCCCACACAUGUGAGCGGCGGCUCCAACGCUAGUCGGAGGAGAAAUGGACUCCACGAUGUGGACCUGAACACUUUCAUAUCAGAAGAGAUGGCACUCCACUUGGACAAUGGUGGAACUAGAAAGCGUAGCUCAGCCCAGUGUGGCGACGUCAUCACAGACUCUCCCACCCACAAACGCAACCGGAUGAUCUAGGUGGCGGGCGGCUCCUCGCCCGCGUGCUGCUGCUUGAAAGCCACUCGGCCCCACACGUGCCGUCGCGAAGGAGACGGAGGCCGUCUUCCCUUGCUCACUGUUUAAGAGGAGUGAAUUCUGUAGUGGUCGCCAUAAAGGAAGUCCUAGGUCUUUCCAGUAGAUGCCUCUUGUAACCACGGCUUUCUUAAACCAUGAUCCUAGCGGAGGACGCCAGAUACCGUAGUCACUAGCAAGGUCGUCAUAGGCAAGCGCAUAUCCGUUCCAAGGCUAAAAGUGACCUUACCUGUAUUUAUUCUCAAAGGGAAAGGAAAUAGCAGAUGUUUAUUUGGUUAUAGAAUGCUUUUUUUUUUUUUUCCUCUCUCGCUCCUUUUUUUGGUCCAUUUCCUGCUGUGUUGAGUAUUUUACUUAAACAGUAUUGCCGGGUUCUUAAAACUGUCUGAAACACGAUUCGGCUUCCUCGUCCAGCCUGCAGGCUUCCACUUUUUUUGUAGCAGCACUGCCCCACAUACCUGGUGUCCAUGCCGGGACAGUGUGUCCCUUCUCAUCCUGGGCCGUGCCCUGUUUUCAGUUCUGGUGAUUCUGUGAUUGAUUAAAGAGGUGCUCUGGUGGCCAGGCGGCUGAGGCUUGACAUUGGAUCGAUACGUAGAACUCUGUGGAUUCUCCUGGUGUGUGUUAGUGCUCUCAACUUAGCGAUGCCAUCAAAUGAUCCAGAUUAUCCUGUAGGCUCACAGUACUCGGCUUUAAGAUGAGGACUGCCCCUCCUCGCACAGGGCACUGUCCUUAGGGUGACGUGACAUGGACCGCCAGGGGCCUGGGGAGAGAGAGAGAGAGAGAGGUCAUGAUCUUGAGGCUGGGCUUCCUUAUGUUCAGUGUUAAGAUAUGGAUGGGACAGUACUCACCUUAUUCACGAGUGCCCACCUCCAGGUCCUACUGGGCUAGCUGGGCGGCCAAGCUGCCUUCUCUGCUGACAGUGUGACAGCUCUGACCCUCCCCCAAGGAAGCGCAGUCUGAAAUCUCAUGCUGGAAAAGAUGGAAUUCCGUGGGAGCUUCGAGACUUAGGUAGACUUACAUGAACUUCCCCGUAGACUCUAGUUUUGAGCUACACACAGCAUGUUUCACCUCCCUUUUCAUCCCUUGGAGAAUGACAGUCAUUGUAGAUGGACGGAUGUCAGCUUGCCAGGCCCUGUAAUUUAUUCUUAUCAUAUUAUAUACCAAGUAGGACAGUGAAACAUGUUUCCUUGCAAACUUGUAGUCCAGUAUCAGUUACUUCCUGUUUUGAUCUCUAAAGACCAUUGCAAAUUAGUGUGAGGGUUUUUCUAGUAAUUAUAGCACUUUGUUAAAGUCUGCAAUUUCUUCAGCCAGUUGAUAAUACCUUUUAGUGGAGAGACUUUGCUCAGUUCAUAAUACUGACCAGGUGGGAUGUGGACAGACAGAUGUUCGUGUGAACUGAAGUUCUGCUUCAGUAUCGACAGGGCCCUUAUUUCAAGCAGUCGAUCCCAUACUCAAACUAAGAAUGAAAGUAAGGUAUUGCUAAACUUUGCAAAAGUGGGGGUCCUCCCUUGUUUGCAUAGAAUAGCAGGAAGAACCAUAGCAACCUGUCACUGUGCCUGAGACGGACGGCCUGUGUGUUCAGAGCCCUUUGGCGUUUCCUUUAGGAGCUGAGACGCGUCUGGAGUUCCCUUUGUUUUCCUGUGGCGGGGUCAGAACCGCCCCGUGCGGGUCGUGAGGAUCUUGAGGAUCGUGAGGUUGAGGGACGCUUAUUUAAUCUCUCCCCUUAUGCCUUGGUUCUGUUCUAGUUCCUCUUUCCAAGUUGAAUAACUUUUUUUCUUGGUUUUUAUUUUAGUUGGUGCUCUGAAGCUUAAUCUCAGUACCCUUACUCUUGAUUGUCAAAUCUUAAAAACAUGUGCCAUUUUCUUAGGAGGAAGCAGGUCUCUGCCAGAACACAAUUUAUAUACCUUAUUGGCGCCAUUAAACUUUUAAGAAAAACCACA